AUGGUACGGAAAUGAAGUUUCCGUUGAGCUAUUAGCUUUGCUCGUUCCCUUCAAUCUCUUGGUUGCGAUGCUACUGUGGAAUUACUUUUUAUGUGUGAAUACGGAACCUGGUCGUGUCCCGGAGCAUUGGAAACCCGACAGUCAUUUUGAUGGUUUCGAGGUGAAGAAAUUGACUGGGGCACCGCGAUAUUGCAGGACGUGCGAGAGACACAAGCCCCCACGUACUCACCAUUGUCGUCAAUGCAAUCGUUGUGUACUUCGAAUGGACCAUCAUUGUCCUUGGAUUAAUAAUUGUGUUGGUCACUUCAACUACGGCCAUUUUAUUCGGUUCCUAUUCUAUGUGGAUGUCGCAUGCUCCUAUCAUAUUGCAAUGGUAACUCGCCGAGUGUCAACAGUGUCUUUGAAUUAUUGGGAUUCAAUGUCUACUGCAGAACUGGUGUUUAUUAUCCUCAACUACGUUGCCUGUCUCCCGGUAUUACUUUCAGUUGGUGCCUUCAGUCUUUAUCACUUUUAUGGUCUGAUUGGAAACACCACAACCAUCGAAGGCUGGGAAAAGGACAAGGCAGCAACCAUGGUCAGAAGAGGGAAGAUCCGCGAAGUCAAAUACCCCUAUAACCUGGGCUGGAGGAAAAACAUUGAAUCUGUACUAGGAAAAAACAUGUUCCUGUGGUGUUACCCGACGAGGACCCCUGGAAGUGGAUUACGAUACGACCUUGCGGAGGGCGAGGGAGGUUCUUGGCCACCGAAAGAUCCAGCAAGGAGCCAACAUGAAGAUCCGCAGAAAGGAUUUAUUCUUCCAGGUUCACCUUGGACCUAUGAGAACGGCAGCUUCAACCCAGAGUUGCAACCGUAUAAUUCACGUAUUCGGAAUGGGGAUUCAUCGCAGGCGCGUCAACGUCAACGAACAAAUAAAGGGGCAUCGGAGCUUCCACCGUACCAUCCAGAUUACGACCCGGUCUCAUCGUACGAGGAUGGUUCAGAUAGAUCCCUUGAAUUGUCCGAAGAGGAAGAGCUUCCGGGAGGUUCACGGAUUCGUAGGGGAUCGGAAGGAUACGAAGUACGACCAGUCGGACGUGAGGAUAUGCUGAGAAGGUAUCUCGAGGAGUUGGGUGAAACACCAGGUCGAUAUCAUCGGUACAUCCCAAUGCCAGAUAGCGAUGGGGAAAACGAGCGUGACAACAACUCUGACCAAAUUCCAUUGGCUAAAUUACGCGAAAUGCAACAUAGUGAUUAA